AUGCCCGACGGGCCUUUCCAAAGCAAGAGAAGCAUGCACACCGCCCUUGCCCUCCUCAAAAGAUCCUUUAUAACUGCAAAUAUGCCUAUUUAUACAUAUAAUGUGAAGGGAGACCGGAUUGCAGAUUAUCCAUAUAUUCAGGAUGACUGCUAUUACGGCGGAUAUGUGGAAGACGCCUUAGACUCUCAGGCCUUCCUCUCUACCUGCUUUGGGCUUUGGGGACAUGUGCAAAUUGGGAUUUUAGGCUAUGAAAUUGAACCUAUUGAGAAUUCUUCCACAUUUCAACACCUUAUUUAUCGAAAGACUCCAGAGCACCUUGAACCGUGCAGAGGAAUAAUUGAAGAUGGAACAUAUUUAGGAAGUGAAGCUGGAGAAAUAAGAAUAAUUGACAGUGAUGGCCCAAUUCCUUCUGCCAUUGGAAUAUACUUGCCAUUAGGUCUUCACCUUUAUUUGGUAGGAUUGGAGUUGUGGACAGAAAGAGACUACAUAACAAUUGAUACUGAGAAUCUUAGCGUGACUUUAGCUGCAUUUCACCAAUAUGCCAUCUCUGAGCUUCAGCAAAAUGUGCAUUUUGAUCAUUCAGGAAUAAUUACAAAUCCUAAAGUUGAUGCUGAAACAAUUGCACACGUGUUGGGUCAUUCUCUUGGCUUUGGCCAUGAUGACACACCCUUAAACAAAGCUCGGGGCUGUGACUGUAAUUGCACCAAGCCUGGCAGGUGUAUAAUGGCAGCAACCGGCAAUCCAACAUGUUCAAGGCUGAGUAACUGCAGCAGGAUGGUAUAUUAUGAUGCAAUAAGAAAACCAGGAAAAGAAUGUCUUACUGACAUACCUAGCCACCUAGUUAGCAGAAAGAAGUGUGGAAAUGGUGUCAUUGAGGAUGACGAAGAGUGUGACUGUGGCCACGAUGAGGAAUGCCAAAGGAAUGGCUGUUGCCAAAAGGACUGUAAAUUAUCACCAGGCAUUGAAUGUCUUUAUGGACUUUGCUGUGAGAGAUGUAAGUUGUUAGAAGAGGGAACAGUGUGCAGAGAAGCUGUUUCCGAGUGUGACCUUCCGGAGUAUUGCAAUGGAAGCUCUCCUGUUUGCCCGCCAGACGUCCAUAAACAAGAUGGGAUGCCAUGUAGCAACAGUAACAGCUGUUUUAUGGGGAAUUGCAUUGACCUCCACAAACACUGCACAUCUCUUUUUGGCCAAGGUGCAAAACAGGCCCCACUGAGUUGUUUCAAGAAAGUGAAUAUGCGAGGCGACCAGGCUGGCAACUGUGGCGAGGAUGGACAAAAAUACAGGAAAUGUUAUGAAGAAGAUGUUCUUUGUGGAAGACUCCAGUGCACUCAUGUUAAUAAAAUUCCCAAAAUGUUAACAGGACAACGUGUAGUUCAGAUUCCAGUGGAGGGUACAUUCUGCUGGGGUUUUGAAUUUCAUGUUGGCCAGCAUGUUUAUGAUCUUGGAGCAGUGAGAGAUGGAACAACCUGUGGAACUGACAAGAUAUGCAUGAACAGAUCUUGUGUUGACCGGGCCAUUUUGAAUUAUGACUGUGAUUUUUCAAAAUGUAGCAACAGAGGGGUGUGCAACAGCAAGAGAAACUGCCAUUGUUCUUAUGGAUGGGCCCCUCCCUUCUGCUCUGGCAGAGGGUUUGGUGGGAGCACUGACAGUGGGCCGCCUCCGAGAAAUUGGCUACCAGUCUCCUUGUGA